CCGGCUUUGCUAUUGGGAGCAAAGGUUCCGCUCCUUUCCCUCCAGCCAAUCGCCAGGCUUCCCGAAGCGGCGGCUGCCUCCUGACUGGCUGGGCCACCUGCCCCGUCCGGGCCGGAGUAACGCGUUGCGGGGGGCGCAGUUGCCCGCGCCCCGAGAAAGAGGGAGGGAGGGGCGGGAGCAUAAAAGGAGGUGGCUGCUGCGGGGCCGCGCACACUGCUCGGGCGGCCCAAGCGGAGCGUACCCUGUACUCGCGACCUCCCAGCAUGAGCGACCCCGCAGCCUCCGAGGAGCGGCAGCCCGAGCUCCCCAGGUUCCUCAGCAAGGUGGAGGCUGUUGCCAUGGAGAAGGAGCUCAUCGAGGACUAUCGGUUUGGGCGGCAGCAGCUGGCAGAGAUGUGUGGGUAUGCCUGUGCUGUGGCUGUGACCAAGGUGUUUCCUGUGGCCGCCCUCUCCCGGAAGCAGCGUACCGUCCUGGUGGUGUGUGGGCCUGAGCAGAACGGGGCCAUCGGGCUGGUGUGUGCUCGGCAUCUUCGGGUGUUCGAGUAUGAGCCAACCAUCUUCUACCCCAAACGCUCUCCAGACUCACUGUCCAAGGAUUUCACCACGCAGUGUGAGAAGAUGGACAUCCCCUUUCUUUCCUACCUCCCUACUGAGGUCCAGCUGAUCAACGACGCCUACAGCCUGGUGAUCGAUGCCAUCCUGGGGCCCGGGGCGGAGCCUGGGGAGGCCAAAGAGCCCUGCACCAGCAUCCUGGCCACCCUGAAGCUGGUCAAGAUCCCCAUUGUCAGCCUGGACAUCCCCUCAGGAUGGGAUGUGGAGAUGGGCAAUGAAGACGGGAUCAGCCCCGAGGUGCUGGUGUCCCUGGCUGCCCCCAAGAAAUGUGCCGGUCGGUUUUCAGGGAAGUACCACUUUGUGGCUGGACGCUUUGUCCCUGAUGACGUGCAGAAGAAAUUCCACCUGAAUCUGCCUGGCUACCCUGGCACAGAGUGUGUGGUGGCUCUUUAAUGGGACUGGGGGCCAAAGAGAACCCCUUGGGUCUCUCCCACUCCCUAAAAAAUAAACAUUAAUCAUCUCAGA